AAUUGCCGAAAAUAUUAUAUAAGUUUCAGUUCUUUUACAAUGAAUCAUGUGUAUUCAGGUGGUAUAUGAAGAUCUUCCUUCAAACUUAUGUGCAAUCCGGGACUCCAUCGAGAAAAGGGGAUUAAAAAAUUCUUUUGAAUCAUUUGAGAAAGGUGAUUCAGAGGAGAAAAGUUCUUCAAAUCAAAACAAUCAAGUCAAUGGCCAUACGACAACGGGUGAGAGAGUUUCAGAUAUCAAUGGGAGAAGCUCACGCAGACCAAGGCCCAAAAUUCCUGGCUUACAAAGAGACAUUGAAGUUCUCAAAGCAGAGGUGCUGAAGUUUAUUUCAGAACAUGGGCAGGAAGGAUUUAUGCCAAUGAGAAAGCAACUUCGCAUGCAUGGAAGGGUAGAUAUUGAGAAGGCAAUCACACGCAUGGGUGGAUUCAGAAGGAUUGCAUCACUUAUGAAUCUUUCCUUGGCAUAUAAGCACCGCAAGCCAAAGGGUUACUGGGACAAACUUGACAAUUUGCAGGAAGAGAUAAAUCGGUUCCAGAAGAGCUGGGGAAUGGACCCUUCGUACAUGCCCAGUAGGAAGUCCUUUGAACGUGCAGGGAGGUACGACAUUGCACGGGCACUCGAGAAAUGGGGCGGCCUGCACGAAGUUUCUCGGCUUUUGUCACUAAAAGUGAGACAUCCUAAUAGACAACCAAGCUUUGCCAAGGAUAGAAAGCAUGAUUAUUUAGGUGUAAAUGAUGUUGAUGCUGAAAGUAAAACUCCAUCUAAGCCAUAUAUUUCUCAGGAUACAGAAAAAUGGCUUGCAGGACUGAAGUAUUUGGAUAUUAAUUGGGUUGAGUAGUGUUCAUACUAUAUACAAAGCCAACAAAUGUAUAUAUGUUCAAGAGAAUUUGUCGUGACUGGUCAUUUUUGUAAUGUAUUAUAGAAAAUGUAAG